GCUCACAUCGCAGCCGGAGGUGAGUGUGCAGCGGAGCGGCAUGUCCCAGAUAUUUGCCCACUUUCUGCAUCGUUUGUACAACUUGAAUGUGCUGCUGCUGCUGGCCCACAUGGAGAGAUCGACGCUGCAGCCAUUUGCCUUUCUGCCAUACACAGCCGGCAGCUGUGCCAACACUGAGCCCGUGGAGCUGCCCCAACGGGAGUGGCGUCUACGCGAGAUGUUCCCCUAUCGACUGAGUAACAUGCAUGGCUGUCCGCUGAGCGUGAUUGUGUGGCCAAUAGCGCCGUACAUGAACCUACACUGGGAGCAGCCUCGGGGCGUAGAUCAAGUCGAUGGCCUCGAUGGAUUGCUGCUGAGGAUAAUGGCGAGCAGAAUGAACUUUACCAUUCAGCUGUUGCCCAACGAACCGCCCGAGCUGGUUGGUGGCUCCAGCUACCUAAAUGGCACCAUGACCGGCGCCUAUCGCAUGCUCUUAGAUCGUCGGGCAAAUCUCACAUUGGGCUCGGCCGCCUGCACGCCGGAGCGGCAGGCACAUCUCACCGCCACAUGGCCGUACAGCCAGAUUGCAUACGUGAUUGUCCUGAAAGCGCGCGGCAGGUACAGCAACUACGAGAUCAUGCUGUUCCCCUUCGAGCGCUACACUUGGCUGCUGCUGGGCGGCCUGGCCCUGGUGCAUCGUGGCCUGCGGCGCUACUGCCGUCUGCCCGCUCCGGUGGUGGCCGGCUGGCUGCUCUGGACCUUCGUUGUGCGCGCCUGCUACGAGGGUUCCGUGUUUAACUUUCUGCACAAUUCACCGUCCAAGCCCAUGCCGCACACCUUUGAGCAGAUGGUGCGCGCAGGAUUUGGUAUCAUCACGGAUCAUGCCACACACCGCAUGGCGCUGAAGGUGCAGGCAUUCGACGGGCUCAUACAGGUCAGACCCGGCCAGCCGGUGGACAUAUUCGAUGCACUGCUCGAGGAGCCACCGCUCACGGGCGCCUUCACCAGCGUCACCUUCCUCGCUUACCACCUCACGCAGCACAAGGAGCGGCGCCAGCGCUUUGUCAUACUAGCAGAGAAGAUCCUUGACAACAUGCUGUGCAUCUACUUUCCGCGCGACUCCUACUUCCUGGAAAUUGUCAAUAAUUUGCUGUUCAACAUGCGCAGCUUUGGCCUCUUCCAGCAUCAUUCGCAGCGCCUCGCCUGGGCCAAUCUGCCGACCACAACGGAUGGCAAGGGUUCGCGCAGGGCCAGGCUUCUGGCCUCGACUGUGGAUGUGCGGGCGGGCUUUGCCGAGUCCAUGGGCUUCAUUGUGGCCGCUCUGAAGUGCCUUUGCGGCGCCUUGGCUGUGGCCACUUGUGUGUUCGGCCUGGAGCUGCUCAGCCGGCGGCCACGCUGGCGUCGCUUGGCUUUGAUAAUGGAAAGGUUGUAGCGAAACAAU